UUGUACUGUAAAAUAAACGUUAAGACACAAGUUUAAAAUUUUCCUUUCAAAUUCCAUUUACUCUCCGAUAAAAUAAUUAUAAUUAUAUUGUGACGGUGCGACGGUGUUUGCGGCCCAAGAAGUCUUACGGACGCGAGAAGACGACUGGAAUAUUUGAACCCUAUCAGGAGAAGACUGCGUCUUAUAAAAGGGAAGAAAUUUGAAAGAUUGUAGAAGCCAACACGAUAUCCUGGGACUUAAACACUUGACAUCCAGUGCAACCUUCAGUUUAGAUAUCAAUAACGAGAAUCAAUAACUUUAAUUAGGCACAGCUUAAAGCAUAAACAAUUAGCGUUAUUAAUUCGACUAAAGAACCAUCGGCCAAGCCACACACUCCCGCGUCUCUCAAACAGGUUUAACAACGUGGUCGCGUCUUCUUCAUAUUAUUGUAUAAUCGUAUUUUAAUGGCACGAAUCUUCUCAAAGAUAAACUUCAGAUUGAGCCACGAUGACGGAAGAACGAGGCCGCGAUCGUAUGUUUGCGGGUCCAUUGUCGCCAGUGUCUGAACAAAAGUGAAUUUCGACUUCGUACAAAGAUACAUAAACCAGUGAUAUCAGAAGAAAAUGAUUUGGGAUAAAACUAUUACGAGCAUACCGAUUGUGUCGUCAUAACCAAGGUAUGCAACGUGUUGCAGUGUUGCCACUUUUCCCCUUUUGUAAGUUUGCUCGUUUUGUUUUAAUUGGACCGCCGUGUGUAUUAAUAGGGAUCUAAGGUAAUUGAAUAAGUUAUUUCCUACUGAAUGAUGUUCAAAUUUCUUAUCGCCAGCCAUAAAUUAUUUACGUAAGUAUAAAAAAAAAUUAGACAUAUCUAGAGGCUUUUUGCUGAAACACUAAUUUGUAAUGUACUAGUGAUGGGUAGAGCAUAUCUUUUUUUAAAAUCAAUAAUGUAUUAAUUUUCAAAAUGUCGUUUUUUUUUCAAUAAUAUAUUGGUUAUUUUUUUAGAAGCGUUGAUUUUAUUAUUCAAAGGAGAUGAACAAACAGAACAUAUUGUCAUGAAAGGAAAACCUCUGGAAAUAUUCAACUUCACAAAGUCGAUUUCGUUGCUAUUUUUUGACAUUUUUCGCAACUCUCAACGUUCGGUCUUUCUCAAAGCAUCUAAUGUUCCAGGGAGCGUGAGACAACGUUAGAAAAUUACUACAUUAAAACGGAGGCACUGCGCUACAACACAAAAACACGCGCAGUCAACGAUUUUCUUUUCUCGGUUUCAAAAAAACACUUUCUUGAAAUUAGUUUUACAAAAAAAUUACGACUGACAGCUGCACAGGGGGGAAAUUUCUUACGAUGUCACCAUACAGGUAGUUUUCUUGUCACACGAAAAUCCCUGUGGCCUUGUUUAAUGUAAAGCGACGAAAAAUGGAGUCGACGACCGAUCUGGUGACUCAAUCGGUGGACAACAUAGCCGAAAGGAAAACGUUUCGACAAAUGACGAUGAAGGAACGGUCCUUGUACAUAAGGGAAGUGAUUACUGUGGAACCGAUCAUAGCCGCCUACGUUAUGGCGGCGCUGCUGGUCAAACCGGCCCUCUUGGUAUUGGAAUUCGAAAAGGCCUGCAAAGCCAACUUAGGCUUUAAUGAUACUGUCUGCAACACAAUAGUAAACAGCGAACAGGACGUCUAUCCAGAGGUGAACGUCGCUAUUCAGGAACGGAUCGGUAUCGUCCACUCGUGGCAAUAUCCGAUCCAGAGCGUAAUGCCGUUGAUCCUCGUCCUGUUUCUCGGAUCCUACAGCGACAGACACCAACUCCGCAAACCGUUCCUAGUAUUGCCAUUGUUAGGAGAACUUUUCGCCGUGGCUGGUUGUAUAUUAUCGGUUAUCUUUAUGAAGUCUUGGACAUUGGAAGUCUUGGGUGUCGUUCAGACGGUGAUCCCAUCGUUUUUCGGGGGCCAAACGAUGAUCGUGAUGGCCGUGUUCGCGUAUAUCGCGGACGUUAGCACUCUGGAAAUGCGAACGUUGAGGAUAGGCGUAGUCCAAAUAGUGCUAAACGCAUGCGCUCCGUUGGUGCAAUCGUUCAGUGCAGUGCUUUUCGUCCAAGUGGGCUACGUGGGAAUUCUGAUCAUAGCGGGCGCGUUGUACUUGUUUGGCGCCGUCUAUGGACUGUUUUGGAUAGACGAGCCUAAAAGACCACUCAAGGAUCCGAAAAAAAGUUUGUUCGCCGAUAUUUUUAACACGAAGCAUGCGGCGGACACCUUUAGUCUUAUUUUUAAGAAGAGUUUGGGUAACGACCGCUUUUUUAUUGUGGUCCUGUUAAUUACCAUGUUGUUGUAUACCGUCGUUAAUGUCGGCGAGGACAGUGUGUUUUGGUUGUACACGCAAGGAUAUCUUGGAUGGAACGUUGUGGAUUAUACCUUUUUCCUCACCGUAAACACACUGAUCCAUUUGGUGGGAACUAUUUUGGCAGUACCCCUUUUUACAAAAAUCUUCGAGCUCAGCGAUUCCAUCAUUAUUGUACUUACUUUAAUGGAUAAAGUGCUAUGCAAUAUUAUUCUGGGUUUGGCAAAAACAAAAGCGUUGAUGUAUGUAGGAGCUGCUGUAAGUUUAAUAACCGGCGUAACAGCCAUAGGAAUACGUUCUUUGGCUACUAAAGUAGUGUCGGUGAAUGAUCUGGGAAAGGCUCAAUCGCUCUUUGGAAUUGCUGAGGCAAUAGGUCCCGCCGUGGCCACACCCCUCUACAAUAAAGGCAUAUACCUCAAUACGUUCGAUGUGUUGCCAUCGGCGUUCUUCUUCUUCGGGAUCCUGUUGUACGUUUUUUGCAUGGUGUUACUGUCCGGGAUGUAUUUUAGACAAAAGAGAAGAAGCAAGGAAUCCGUUAAUGGCGUGAAUGGCACCGCCGAAAUAGAGAAGCCGGUUCAAAUGGACGAUUUCCAAGUCACACAUAUGUAAUGCUAUGGAUUAUCCGUACUUCGUCCACAUAUAUUUUAAAAAAUG